GAGCUGCUUGGUCCCUGCGAGUAGCUGGUUUCGGGAGAAGCACGCCUCGGGAAGAUGAUUCAGGCCAUUCUGGUUUUCAACAACCACGGGAAGCCCCGCCUGGUCCGCUUCUACCAGCGUUUUCCAGAAGAAAUCCAACAGCAAAUUGUUCGAGAGACUUUCCAUCUAGUCCUCAAGCGGGAUGACAACAUCUGCAACUUCUUGGAGGGUGGGAGUUUGAUUGGUGGCUCUGAUUACAAACUGAUUUACCGGCACUAUGCGACCCUCUACUUUGUAUUUUGUGUGGAUUCGUCAGAGAGUGAACUUGGGAUCCUGGACCUCAUUCAGGUUUUUGUGGAGACCCUGGAUAAGUGUUUUGAAAAUGUUUGUGAAUUGGAUUUGAUCUUCCAUAUGGAUAAGGUGCACUAUAUCCUUCAGGAGGUGGUGAUGGGUGGCAUGGUGUUGGAAACAAACAUGAAUGAAAUCGUGGCUCAGAUUGAAGCUCAAAACAGGCUGGAGAAAUCAGAGGGUGGCCUCUCAGCAGCCCCCGCCCGGGCUGUGUCUGCUGUGAAGAACAUCAAUCUGCCUGAGAUUCCUCGGAACAUCAACAUCGGCGACCUCAACAUCAAAGUCCCCAAUCUGUCCCAGUUUGUCUGAGGGUCGAGGGUAGGGCCAAAUGGGAAACCUAAACAUCAAGCAAUGCCCAGCAAGUCCAGAAAGAGACCCUGUGUCAAGACUUAGAAGAGUGAACCUCUAGGACCCAGCCCUUUCUAUUUGGGAGAGAUCAUUUUGCAUGUUGUGGGAAGGGUUCAUGCUCUGGUCUCGCAUGUGCAGGCAGCCCUUCUCUGAUGCCUGUUAUGUGAGGAAGGCCCUGGCUUCCUGCACCCCCACCACCCACAUGCCGAUGAUGAUGUGAGCAAGCCUGAGUAGUUGUAGUUAGGAGCACCCCAUCACUAACAUAUUGCGCCGUCACCCAUGAGGCUCCCUCUGGACUACCACAGGCUGCAGCCUCUCCUCUUACUGACCAGGCCCUUCAGAGAAAAGGGUCGCCCCUCACCUUUGGGGUUGUGCUUAGCGAGCUGGAAUUCACAAGAAUCAGAGUCACCUACUGGCCUCACUAAGGUGGUUAUGCCCACAAUCCUUUUGUCUACCCAGGGUCUGGUUAGCACCCCUGCAGAAUGUUUCUCCUAACAACCUAGCCUCCGCUCUGUUUGUGUGCAGGACACAGUCCAUAUCUCGAACUGGGGGCAAGCCACCAGUUUUGCUCACCCCGCCCUGUCACGCAUAGUUAUCUCAGCACAGCCAGAGGGUAAGGCCUUCAAAGCAAGAGACCCUGUGUCCGCUGUUGGCCUGGGACACCUCAGAUGAUGACUCUUCCUAGAUUUCAGAUACAUCCUCCUUCCUCAUGGGAAGCUGAAGGUUCAGUUUCUAUGUUAUGAUGAUGAGUCUCCACCAAACAGGAAACCCCCUGCCUACUCCGGAGAGUAGGGCAUGAGAGUCAGCCGUUCUGUGUCAAGCAUGGGGAAGGAGGGGCCUGGGAAGCAGGCAGGGAGCCUGGGUUUGAAGAAGUGGUCCUCCCCGAGCUCCCACUGUAAGCACGCCCUGCUGCUCUCAGCUGAUGUUCUCCCAGAGCUCUGGGGCCCUGUAAAUGGUUAAGUGAAGGAAAA